AUGAUGGAAAUGACAACCCAUUUGAUGGGUGUCAUUAAUGCAAGUUUUCAUGCCCUUUAAAAUGUUAAAAUUUGUACCUUUGGUAAAUGUCAGAUGUGUAAUUCUGGCUAUUAUUAUUUCAAUAUAAGAUAUAGCCACAAUUAUGAUAAUUUACUUACAUAACAGUUCUUUCAAAUUGAAUAAAAUUAAUAACCAAAUUAUUUUGUUGAAAUUGAUGUUUUAGUAUGUGGAAUUGGAAAAAUCUAAUAGGCUGAAGAAUGCAAUAAUGGAAACAACUUUCCUAAAGAUGGAUGUUAUAUUGUUAUUUAUAAUCCAUUUUAACUUUAUAGAAAUGCAUCUUUGAUACUUGCUUGUAAUGUAGUUCAAAAUAUGAAUUAAUAAACUGUAAAUGUCUGAAAAUACAAACCGUAAUUCAAAUCUGUAAGUUGUAAUAGGUUAGAUUCAGUAGUUAGUGAUAACUUAAUAUAAGAAUUAAGUGAUAACUUAAUAUAAGAAUUAAUUUAAUUUACAGGUUUUGACACUACUGAUAUUUAAUGUAAUAAUAUUUGUGAUAUUGAGAGGUCAAGAAUCAAAUAUAAUAAUCAAUUACUUGAACUUAGGUGUCCAAAAAAUGUACUUCUUUUUGAAAAUGUAAUUCAUAUAAGCAAAGCCGAAAUCGAUUGCUAUAAAUGUAAAGAUAGUUCUCAGAUUUAAUAUCUUUAAUGUGUGGAGUCCUAUUGCUUGCUUUUUAUUGAUGGUUGGCCACUUACCAAUUGUAUAUACAUAAGGAUAAUUAAAUAGCUUUUGUUUUUAGAAUAAUGCGAUAAAAAUUUAGAUUAUUGUUUGGAUUGUUAUUUUGUCUGUUCAGAAAAUUGUUAAUUGUUAUAAAAAUCCUUAAGAAUGUUUGGUUUGUACUUUGCAUUAUAUUAUGAUAAAUUAUGAAUGUUAAUUACAUUAAGGAUGUAAGAAAUGUAGUAAUAGUAUUUUUUAUGACAUAAUAACUGUCCAAAUGGAGAAAUGA